AUGGCCGGUAAAGGUGCGCAGCUGAUCCAGUUGGAUGUGGAUACGGAGAAGGGGGGGCUUACCCUGAACCCCAACUUCCUGGUGGAUUUCGGCGCAGAGCCUGAUGGCCCCGUCCUGUGCCAUGAGAUGCGAUUCCCGGGAGGGGACUGCACCAGCGACAUCUGGAUGUGA